GUUAACGUUUAGAAAGGGUCCCACGCGCGUGUUUAUACAGCGCAUGCUCGUCGCGGGGUUCACCGGAAGUCCGAUAAUUAUUAUUCGUUUCUUGUUCCACAUCUCAUUUAAUAAGCGCAGUUAGCUUCUUCAACGUUUUUCAUGUUCACAAAGCAGCGAAAAGUUGACUGUAACAAGUUCGUCUUCGCAGCCCAAUUAAAUAAUGCCAGGCUUUGAGCUGGAGCAGGUUGACGGUGGCAGUCCUAUAGAGCUGCCCCAUGGAGAAACUGUCCUGGGGAGAGGACCCUUUCUAGGGGUGAAUGAUAAGAGAGUGUCCAGAAACCAUGGCGUCCUUGAGAACCUGAAUGGCCAGCUGCGUCUGAAGCCUACGCACCUGAACCCAUGUUUUAUUCAGACGAACAUUGUGGCUGCGCCUCAGCCGCUGGAGAAGGACCAGUGGCAUUGCCUAAAGGAGGGCGACAUCUUCUCUCUCAUGCCUGGGAAAUACAUCUACAGAGUGCAUGUCAAAGAAGAUGAUCAAACCCUGAGAAACAGUCAGGGGUUUGAGGAGGAGAUGGAGGUGGAGAAGUGUUCGAGUGGACCAGCAGCACUUUCUCUAGACUCAGCCACACUUGAAGCCAGCAGCCGCACGCCCACAACCCUGUGCACCACACUCACAGAAGAUAAAGGAACGAGUCAUCCUCCACACACGCUUUCCUCUCUAAAUGAGGCAUCCACAAAGAGCCAACAGGACGAGUCUGAUGUGCCACAGAAGAAGCGGAUCUUGCCGGCCUGGAUGAUGGCUUCAGCCAAAGGUGAGAGCUCAGGGGUGAAGGCCACACCUACAAAAUCCAAACGAGUGGCUACACCCAAGAGGACAGCUGCACCCAAACGUGCUCAAGCCAAGCCGGUGUCAUCUGAGGAAGAGGAGGUGGAGGAAGAGAUGCCCAAAAGGAAAGCAAAGAGACUGAAGAGUGACUCUGAAGAUGAGUCUGGGCCGCAGGAGGAAUCAACCACUUCCAAGAGCAGCAGAGUCGGAUCAGUCCCGGAUGAAGAGAACAGCAACGGUUUGAUGGAGCGUGAUGGAGCCGAGGUCACACCAGGAGCUCAAGCUGAAGACUUAAAGACACAAGCAGAAGAUCCCAGUUAUUCUCAGGUCAGCCAGGGAUGCAUGCAGAGUUCAAAGGUCACGGAGAGCAAAACAAGCCCCAGUAAGGUGAAAAAACAGCGACGGCCACAGUGUCCUUACGGCAUCUCCUGCUACAGGAAAAAUCCGGUCCACUUUCAGGAGUGCAGUCACCCUGCAGACAGCGACUAUGCGGAAGAGGAGACAGAGGAUGAUGACGAUGACAGGCCUGAGUGUCCGUACGGUACCCACUGCUACAGGAAGAAUCUGCUUCACAGGAAAGAUUACAAACACACUAAAUCACCACCCAAGACCGCAGCUGCUGAUGAUGAGGGUGAAGAUGAAGAUCAUUACGAAAACAGCUUUAUUAACGAUGAAAGUGAGGAGGAGGUGGAUGAAGACUCUGACUAUGUGCCCGAAUCAGACGACAGUGGCAAAGAGGACAUUAAACGUCUGCAGAAAGAAGCAAAAGCGUUCCUCAGGAAGAAGAAGUGACUUUUGUUUAGGGUAUUUUCCAUGAAAACAGCUUCUAGACACUAAUCUCACAACAACUAUUACACAUCUCAUACUUUCCAAGGAGGCAUUUUAUAAAGUGCUAGUGUUAGAUUUUUUUUCCAUGACCUUUUACCUUCACUAUUUAAGAUAAGUUUGUGUGUGUAUAUAUUUACAUACACAUACAGUA